CCUCCGCUUAAAACAAUCCCCGCAUGAUCGCAUCCCCGGCGUCCUUUUUAUUGCUCCUGCUCGCGCUGUUUGACGACCGAGCAUUCUUGUAAUUAAACCAGUCGCUUCGUCAUUCGAUCAUUUUGAUGCAGCCCCAAUGACUGGCCAGUCAAUUACCGGCCCGGCUGCUGCUUAUAUUACGCCGCGAUACGCUGGCCGUUGCUGCGACUUGCGCCCGCCGGCCUCCGAGAUGAUGCCAGCUGGCCUCCUGCCGCUCGCGUCGUAAACGCGAAAAAUCAUUUCUGAUCAGACGGAUCGGCCUGUGCUUUUUUUCCGUAUCGUCAUUUGCACCGCAGAGUUUUUUAUUGGCGAAAUCUCGGUCAGUUUUAAUGCGUUCUGCAACGUGAUGACUGCGCUGAUUGCCAAUCAGCAGAAAUUCCAUCAUGAUGGCCAUUUCAUUAUAAAAAUGCAAUUUAAUCCGCUCAGUCUUUCCGGUUAAUGUUGACUGACAGUGCGGCGUAGUGAUUUGAAUUUAAGUGAGCGUGGAGGGAUUUUAACUGGCGUGGAAAUCAUCUGUAUCUGUUGGAUUGAAAUUUCGUUGUUACGGGAGAUGUGACGGUGUGGAGUGUGGAUUAAUCUCACCGGGAUCUGAGUGCUGAGGAUGCCGGCCGCCCGCAUGAGCGCCCAGGCCGUGCCGCAGAAUCCCCCGGGAGCGCCGGCCCCCGGCGCCCAGGGCCCGCGGGCGCUGCUGGACGCCGAGCAGCGCCAGAACGCCGGCAUCACCUGCCGCGAUGUCUGCUGGCUCUUCUGCUGUCCGCCCUGGCCUUCUUCCAUUGCUGCCAAACUAGCGUUCGUCCCCCCGGAAGCCAGCUACAAGUUCGUGCCCGUGGUCACUCCCGGCGAGUGCGAGGCCUCCUCGGCGUCGGUGGGCGGGAGUGGGCCGCGGGAGCGCUUCCGCAUCGUCUUAAACGACCCACUGGACUGGCACUUUGUCCCCUCGCAACUAGAGGCCGUGGAGGCGUUCUACGCGCGCAGCGCCAAGGGCCAGCAGAUCGCCUGCAUGUACAUGCGCAGCUGCAGCCCGGAGGCGCGCUUCACCAUGCUCUUCAGCCACGGGAACGCCGUUGAUCUCGGACAGAUGUGCAGUUUCUACUGGGCGCUCGGCAAGCGGCUGGGCGUCAACAUCUUCAGCUACGACUACUCGGGCUACGGGGUGAGCACGGGCACGCCGUCGGAGAAGAACGUGUACGCCGACGUGGAGGCCGCCUGGCGCGAGCUGCAGACGCGCUACGGGAUCAAAGCGGAGAACGUGAUCCUGUACGGCCAGAGCAUCGGCACCGUGGCCGCCGUGGACCUGGCCGCCAAGGAGCGCUUCGGUGGGGUCAUUCUCCACGGGACGCUGGCCUCGGGGCUGCGCGUCGCCUUCCCCGAGACGCGCCGCAACUGGUUCUUCGACGUCUUCAAAAGCAUUGACAAGGCGGAGCGGAUCCACUCGCGGACGCUGGUGAUCCACGGGAGCGAGGACGAGGUGAUCCCGGUGGCGCACGGCAUCUCGAUCUACGAGCGCCUGCCGGCCGCCGUGGACCCGCUCUUCAUCGAGGGCGCCGGCCACAACGACGUGGAGCUCUUCGCGCAGUAUUACGACCGCCUCAAGCGCUUCAUCAACGACGAACUGCGCCAGGCCCCACUGGACGCCCCGGGACCGGCGGCCCCCGAGGUCCUCCCCACGCUGUAGCGGUUGUCCCGUUCGUUCCCUGGGGAGCCGUUAAAGCGCACCCCGUGGGCGGUUGACUUGAUGCUUUCGGUUUUUCUUACUCUCCAUGUUUGUUGGUUAAUUGGCGUUGAUUUCUGAACGGAUGGAUGGAUGCAUGAUCCGACCAGUUGAGGUUCUGGCUGUUUGCUUGAUGAUUGGUUGGGCCGAGUUAAUUUCUCUGGGUGGCGGGUGGUGCGUUGACGAUGCGGCGGUGUACACGCGUCGCUCGGCGCCGCUGGCUGUGUUCUCUGCGGACCAGGUUGCGCUGCGCUGGACUGGUUGGUUUUCCAUUAAAUUAUCAGUAUGACCAGA